AUGUCGGAAAAAUCCAGAUACUCAAGCACGAGAUACCACGAUCCCGGCCAGCAGGAGUUCUUCAGCUUCGAGAAUGUUGUGCUCAAGGGAUUAGCUUCUGAUGGGGGGCUUUUUCACCCUGACAGCAUUCCGAAUGUCAGAAACAAUCUCCUCGACUGGAAAGACCUGCCAUUUCCAGAUCUUGCAUACGAAGUGAUCAGGCUCUACGUUGACGAAAGUGAGAUCUCAAACGCUGAACUAAAAGAUAUUGUGCAUAGAUCGUACUCAACAUUCCGGCAUCAGGACAUUGUCCCCACAGUCACACUCGACAAGUCGAAAAACUUACACCUGCUUGAACUCUUCCAUGGUCCUACGUUUGCCUUUAAAGAUGUCGCACUUCAAUUCCUUGGAAAUCUUUUCGAGUUCUUUCUUGUUAGGAAGAACAAAAAUAGUGAAGCUUCUCAGUCUCGACACCACCUGACUGUCAUUGGAGCAACCUCUGGCGACACCGGUAGUGCAGCUAUCUACGGAUUAAGAGGCAAGAAGGAUGUCAGUGUCUUCAUCAUGUUUCCAGACGGCAAGGUCUCUCCGGUCCAAGAAGCUCAGAUGACCACAGUACUUGACCCCAACGUGCACUGCUUGGCUGUCCAAGGCACGUUUGAUGACUGCCAGGAUUUCGUCAAAGCAGCUUUCGGUGACGCAGAAAUGAACAAGAUACACCACCUAGCUGCCGUGAACAGUAUAAAUUGGGCCCGGAUUCUAGCACAGAUCACAUACUACUUCUAUUCUUAUUUCUCACUAUUGAAGACCGACCCUGAUCUGAAACCAGUCAAAUUCGUUGUGCCUACUGGUAAUUUCGGAGACAUCCUAGCUGGAUAUUAUGCCUCACGAAUGGGCCUGCCAGUCAACAAGCUGGUCAUAGCCACGAACGAAAACGACAUUUUGCACAGAUUCUGGGAAACGGGCACAUACAGCAAGAAGUCAAAUUAUCAUCCAACCAAAAACCCUCAUAAUGGUAUACCAGCUGAUGGAUCGCAAGCCCAUGCGGAAGGUGUUAAAGAAACCCUUUCCCCAGCAAUGGAUAUUUUGGUAUCGUCAAAUUUUGAGCGUCUGCUAUGGCACUUGGCGCUCGAGAACGAGUUUGCUAUCAAUCCUCAUGUUAAGCGAGAAUCGUCAGUGCGUGUUGCUGGUGGGAAAAUCGCCGCUUGGUUCCAAGAUCUGAAGACCACAGGUAAAUUCACUGUUGAGCCAGAGCUACUCGAUAAUGCUCGGGAAAUCUUUGCCACUUAUCGUAUCAGUGACAAGCAAACUACAGAGACUAUUCGUGCUUGUUAUCGAGGUGAGGCCGUAGAGAAGAGCGGAUAUGUGCUGGACCCUCAUAGUGCAAUUGGUAUUGCUGCCUCGUUACGGGAGAUCUCAAGCCCGGAACACAACAAAGAUGUGGCUGUGGUUUCUCUAGCCACUGCACAUCCAGCCAAAUUUGCGAAUGCUGUCGACCUGGCCUUGGAGCACGAAUCUGGAUUCAGCUUCGAUACUGUACUGCCUGAGCAGUUCGUUGGGCUUGACAAGAAGGAAAGAAAAGUAAUAAAGGUUCCUGCUAACACCGACCUUGCCGGUAUCCGUGAGCUUGUCACAAAGGAAGUGGAGAAGGAGAAAGAGGAGCGGAAUGGCAGUACCUAG